AUACAUUGCACAUAGCGCACCGAGCAUUAAAGCCCGCUACGACUCAUGCAUUCCGGUCACGUUCUGGCACAAAUAUUUUGACUCUCGGAAGCCUUACCGUUCGUAACCGUGCAAGUCUGCUGGCCGUGCCAUCGCGCUGCAGAGUUCACUAUCGACCGGAAUCGACAUUCCGUGCCGCAUACUAAUCAACACUUCGCGCCACCGCCACCGGCCGCCAAGAAGGUAGCUUUCAUCGCCUGGCUACGACAUCCAAGAUAGUUGUGACAGUGCCAAAAUCCAAACUUGGAAUCCCACCCAACGCCAACCCAGGUCCCCACGCACCUACCACGGGCGACCUGACCGUGGCCCCACGGAACCCCGCGCACGGAAUCAGCGCACGCGUUUUGGAGUUAUUGAAGUAACGCAUGCGCACUCCGUUUCCGAUGGGUUCAGGUCCGGCGGUACCACCCCAGCCAAAUCGAACCCCAAUAAAUAGCUUUGUAAUAUCGCAUAAUCCAUCAGUGUAGUAGCUUAAGCCAACGCGACGAGUGCAAUUAGUUAAUUACCGACGACCGAACGGUUCUUGGAAGCUCUUCUCGAAAACCCGAAACGCCUCAAACGCCUCAAUACCAGCCUCGUCAUGUUCCUGUUGCGAAGCAGUGCCCUAGUGAUUGCGGUGGUUGCCAUUGCCGUAGCGUCGGCGGCGAACACCAAGCAAGAACAGCAGAUGGUGAACUUGAUCAACGAGAUCGACCAGCAGGAGAGCUUCCCGCUGUUCGGUGGACUAAGUGUGGAACGCGUUGAAGGUGGUGGCCGCUCGUUCGGUGGUGUCGACGCUAGCGAAGAUCUGGCCGAACGUGCCGUGCGAUAUCUGAACACGCACAGUGUGAAGUUCAAUCUGCCGGAAGAGGACAGUGAGGGUCGUCAGAUGGAAGAAGCCCGCAGCAGCCGCCUGAAGAAGGUCUUCCUGCCUCUGCUGCUCGCCCUGAAGCUGAAGAUGUCCGUUGUCUUGCCCAUUCUGCUCACCAUCAUCAAGCUGAUCUCCCUGAAGGGACUGAUCGCCGGACUGCUGGCCCUGAAGUUCUCCAUCUUCACCUUCCUGAAGGAUCUGUUCAACAAGAAGCAGGAACGUGUGACCACCGCCUACAUCACCAGCGCCCAGCCCGUGAACGCCGAAAUCGUCCACCAGGACUGGCACCGCAAUGGACAGGCUUCGCCACAGGAACUGGCCUAUGGUGCGUACAAUCCCUACGCUACCCUGCAGUAAGUUUCCACCAAUAACGCUAGAAAGAGACCACAACAAAGCAUGAUCAGCGUCAGCGAUCAUGGUUGAGCAGAGACCAAAUAUGUCGGAGGCCGCCUGCUUGGGAGUAGUCGGAACAACUCCGUAGAGCGCAGUUAAUUUAUUUAUUUAUUGUAUUUGUUAUAAAUGAUGUGUGUUUGUUUUUAUUUGUACGAACUAUCAAACUAUCUAUGUCUAUUGAUCUAUCCGCCAUCACUAUCUGUUUUUUUUUUACCUUUCCGAUUGUUUGUUAUAAUUUAUUUGUGUUGAAUGUGUAAAUAAGCACCGAAAAAUAAAAGAUUAAACGAAACAUAGCAGCUGCA